UGCAGAUUGGAAAACAUUUUUUAAUUUUCUGCUCAAAAAAAAAUAGUGACUUCAAAGAUAUCUAUAUUCUCUUAAGUAAAAAUGCUUGUGGAGGUUGGUACAAGGCAUCAUUCCCGUUACACGCCAUCUACGGGAAUGACAGCUAAGGAGCUAUGUGAAAAUGAUGAUUUAGCUACAAGUUUAGUUUUGGAUCCAUAUCUAGGAUUCACAACUCAUAAAAUGGAUAUUAACUUUACACCCUUUGACGUGGAUCGAGAGAAACUUCUAGAAGGAUUAAUGGAUUUCAUAAAUAAUCAAGACUAUGAUCUCACCUACAAAGUUCUGACUAAUUGGGAUUGGUUCCCCAGAUAUAUUCACUCAAAGAGUACAAAUCAGCAAACUACACUGAAAGAACAUAUUUUUCGCUACUUAAGAAUAUUUGAUAAAGAUUCUGGCUUUCGAGUAUGUGUUUGUAAAAGAUAUUCCCUUGAGGGAAAUGUAGGAGCUAAAGUUUGUGCUACUAAAAAAUGGUUUAAAAAUGAUAAAAUGCACUACCUUGUUGGCUGCAUUGCUGAACUGUCAGAGAAAGAAGAAUCAGAAUUGCUGUCUCCUGGAAAAAAUGAUUUUAGUGUUAUGUAUUCUUGUCGAAAGAAUUGUGCUCAACUCUGGCUUGGACCUGCUGCUUUUAUUAAUCAUGACUGUCGACCAAAUUGUAAGUUUGUACCUACUGGACGUGACAGUGCUUGUGUAGAAGUACUGAGAGAUAUUGAAGCUGGAGAAGAAAUUACUUGUUAUUAUGGAGAAGAUUUUUUUGGAGAUAAUAAUUCUUAUUGUGAAUGCGAAACGUGUGAAAGAAGAGGGAGAGGAGCUUUCCGGACAAAAACUCCAAAGCAGGAUUUCUUCUUAGAGUCUAGACUUGCUUAUUGUCUCCGUGAAACUGACAACAGGUUAAACAGAUUCAAAAAACAGGCUAAUGCUGCUGAUAACAAUGCAAGGAGAAAUGAUUUUCUGGCAAGUUUACCAG